UUCUCUGCUGCACCAACCUCUAUGUCUUGCUUACAUCCCGUUUGUUUACAGCCUAUAAAUUGGUGUGUCCAUAUAAUCCAAGAAAAUGGAAACUGAACAGCCAGAGGAAAUCUUCCCCAACACCGAAACCAACGGUGAAUUUGGUAAACGCCCUGCAGAAGAUAUGGAAGAGGAACAAGCUUUUAAAAGAUCUAGGAACACUGAUGAGAUGGUUGAAUUACGCAUUCUGCUUCGGAGCAAGAAUGCUGGGGCAGUGAUUGGAAAAGGAGGCAAGAAUAUUAAGGCUCUGCGUACAGACUACAAUGCCAGUGUUUCAGUCCCAGACAGCAGUGGCCCUGAGCGAAUAUUGAGUAUCAGUGCUGAUAUUGAAACAAUUGGAGAAAUUCUGAAGAAAAUCAUCCCUACCUUGGAAGAGGGCCUGCAGUUGCCAUCACCCACUGCAACCAGCCAGCUCCUGCUCGAAUCUGAUGCUGUGGAAUGCUUAAAUGACCAACACUAUAAAGGAAGUGACUUUGACUUCGAAUUGAGACUGUUGAUUCAUCAGAGUCUGGCAGGAAGGAUUAUUGGGGUCAAAGGUGCUAAAAUCAAAGAAAUUCGAGAGAACACUCAGACAAAAAUCAAGCUUUUCCAGGAACGCUGUCCUCAUUCCACCGACAGAGUUGUUCUUAUUGGAGGAAAACCUGAUAGGGUUGUAGAGUGCAUAAAGAUCAUCCUUGAACUUAUAUCAGAGUCGCCCAUCAAAGGACGUGCACAGCCUUAUGAUCCCAAAUUUUAUGAUGAAACUUAUGAUUAUGGUGGCUUUACAAUGAUGUUUGAUGACCGCCGUGGCCGUCCUGUGGGAUUUCCCAUGCGGGGAAGAGGUGGUUUUGACAGAAUGCCUCCUGGUCGGGGUGGGCGCCCCAUGCCUCCAUCUAGAAGAGAUUAUGAUGAUAUGAGUCCUCGGCGAGGACCUCCUCCCCCUCCUCCUGGACGAGGUGGCCGGGGUGGUAGCAGAGCUCGCAAUCUUCCUCUUCCUCCACCACCACCACCUAGAGGAGGGGAUCUAAUGGCCUAUGACAGGAGAGGAAGACCUGGAGAUCGUUAUGAUGGCAUGUGCGCUGCCACAGAGGAGGAAGAGGCUUGUGCCGCUGCAGCUGUGAUCGCCAGCCGUGAGCCCGGCGUCUGGUGCCCGUCAGCCAGCUGA